UAGACAUGCUGUUUGACUGAUUGUUGUAGUCCAUGUCCUUGUGACCUGGAGACAUUUCAGCAUUUUCAGCAGCCUGGGCUUUUAUUUUGUGUUUUUCACGGCGAUGGGGCAGGAGCAAAGCCACAGUGAGGAAAUGGAUUUAGCGCAGAUUCAGGAGCUGUGCAUCAUUUUCAUGAAGGAGUGCCCUAGUGGUGCGUUGCAUUUACAUGAGUUUAAGAGGAUCUUUGGAGUACCCAACACUUCUGCAGAGGAGUCUCUCUUCAUUGAAACAAUAUUUCGCUCAUUUGACACAAAUAAGGACAAUGCACUAGAUUUCCUGGAGUAUGUCGCAGCACUUCAUCUGAUUUUAAGAGGGAAUCUUGAGGAUAGACUCAAGUGGUCUUUCAAGAUGUAUGACAAAGAUGGGAAUGGAAAAUUAGACCGGCAAGAGGUGAAACGGAUCAUAAGGAUUCUCUACAAAAUCAAGCUCCAGACAACUGAUGUUGAUUUGACACCAUCUGAAAUAUGUGACAGAAUCUUUGAUUUGGUUGACCAGAACAGCGAUGGUCAGAUAUCGCUAUCGGAGUUCAUGGAAGGCGCUCAGAAAGAUGAAUGGGUAAUGAACCUGUUCAAGUUGGACGUCAACGCCACCGGAUGGGUCAUCCAAAAUUGUGGCAAACUACCAUGAUCUUACUAAGCGGAUGCUCAAUAUUGGUUCAGGGGUAACAGAUAGGCUGUCUUUAUACCUUGACUUGUUUGAGCUUCUUUUGAUUUAAGGAUGAACGGCAGCGAACCGUUCUCUGGCUGCAGUUUUGCUGUAAUUCGGCCAGCUGGUUUGAGGGUCAGAAUGCUUGCAGCAGAUCUGUGAGUAAGCUCAGAAGGCUCAAUACCGUGAUAAAGUUUGCAUUUCAAUUCAAAUUCAUGAAAUAUUAGUCAUUUUAUUCAUUAAUAUUCCAAAUAUUAAUGAUUAUCUAGAUGGAUGGAACCCAAUACC